AUGGUCAUCGCUCGCAAGCACCCCAAACUCAAACGCGCGCUGCGCCUUGGUUUCAGUGGCCGCAACGGAACGAAUUCACUCUCUCCUCGACCUGGAGAGCAACCAAUCGUCUAUCUCCGUGUACAAGUCGCCGCAGCCAACGACCUCAUUGCAAAAGACAAGAACGGACUGAGUGACCCCUAUGUCAUCGUCACUCUCCAACGGACGCGACAGCACACAUCCGUCGCUAAGAAGACACUCAAUCCUGUCUUCAAAGACGCCACUUGGGACUUUCCUAUCUAUCUUAGUACUGCUGACACGCUCGGCGCUCUCGAAUUAGUGCUUUGGGACAAAGACGUUAUCCGCAAAGACUACCUUGGUGAAGCUUGUUUACCAGUGGACAACUGGUUCGAUACGCGACCAAAAUCAUGGGACGACCCUGGCAAUGUCCCAUUCACGGUCCCUCUGGUGUCCACACGGUUAGGAACACCGGCCCAGGGAACCAUCAGGCUUCGAGUUGGGUUUGUGGCCCCUCCACCACCAACAGCGCGUGCUCCAAAUCAGGCAGCUAUUGACUUUGAUGCUCUCUACCGUAACCUCGUCAAGACUGGUCGUUCAUCGCUCGUGUCUGCACCUCCGACUGAAGGCGUGGGCACUCUUCGUUCUCAUCUCACCGGCCCAGAAUUCGAGGACGACGGCGGUCUCUCCUCGGCUUCUGAAUCGUCUUCAUCGGACGAAGAGGACGCUUUAUCCGAGUGUGAUUUUGAAGACGAAGCAGCCUCGCCUGAAACUCCAGUCAUCCCACCCUCUACUUCUCGUUUGCAAGCCUUGUAUCAGCCGCCUACAACCUUGUCUCCGCCAACACCCUCUCCUGAUCCAGUCGCCAAUGUCAAGACUCCCACCGGUCCAAGUCCAAUGACAACACCGACCCCUUCAUCGGCACUCAACACCACUGAUUCAACUCCGUCACCGCCCUCGGACUCCACUCCUGGAGACAAGAAAUCAAGACCCAGUUUCAUCGCGUUGCCCAACCCGCGUAAAUUCUUGACUCGUUCGCGACCUCCGACUCCUGGGGAGGAUCCGACUUCGAAGGAGAAACGUAAAAUGUUUCGACGUAGUUGGAGUGGAACAGGGACUCCAGGCGACGAGAGCAAAGAGAGUAAAAAUACCGAGAAUCAGAAGGGCAAGCCACGUCGAAGACCCAAACCUCAACGUGCAUACUCACUUGGCCCAGAGGCCGCGAACGGCCAUCCGAACGACAUUGUCGGGAUUGUCAUGCUCGAAAUUGCUGGUGCGAGUGAUCUUCCUCGACUUAAAAACAUGACCCGAACUUCUUUCGACAUGGACCCUUUUGUCGUCAUCUCUUUUUGGGAAGAAGGUUUUCCGGACCCGCGUAAUUCGACACUCACUGAAUCCUGUGUCCGCCUCAGUGUUCUCGACUGGGACAAACUCAGCUCCAAUGAUUAUAUUGGCGAAGCUUUGUUCAAUGUCAGCGAGCUGGUGGCGGAUGCCCCACAACCACUACCGGCAUCGUCACCGGUCGACAUUCCGUUGUAUCCGGAAAGUGAAGGUGGGAACCAUCCCAUGAAAAAUUUCAAGCUCAAACUGGAGAUCGGCAACGGUAAUGGUGGUGGGGCGGUUUGGGAGACCAGGCACAGCCCUGUGAUCACUUUCCGCGCCAAGUACCAGCCUUACUCCUUGCUCCGCCAACGUUUUUGGCGCCAAUAUCUCCAACAAUAUGAUGCUGAUGACACGGCGACCUUGUCUCAUGUCGAGAUCACCAGUAUGCUUGACUCCCUUGGGUCAACUCUGAGCCCAAGCACUAUCGAUGGUUUCUUUACCCGUUUUGGAAAAGACCCCAGACAAGAAGACCUCACCAUGGAGGAGGCGAUCAUCUGCCUCGAGUUGGAGGUGUGCAGACCAGAAAACGAGCGAAAACGAGUUGAUGAUGGAAAUGGUGGGCUCAACAUUGGCAGUGGAUUAGGUACAAGCAUCAAUCCAACCCCCGCACCUGGAAGUGGAGCCGAGCUCAAACUGGCUGAGCUUGACUUCGCAGGCCCGGCGUUGGACAUCGACUUCGUCACGGGCGAGGCAAAGGGAUAUGUUACGGAACCCUCAGAAAUGGCCUUGCUGCACCCAAUCUCUUCAGACUCUAGUCCGCGACUUGAGCCACCGCAUUCGCGCCAACCCACCUCUGAAUCAUCUUCUGACGCUGAUCUGGAAGAGGAAUCAUCCAGUUCUUCGCUUUCAGCAUCACAAUCUGCGCCGAGCACUCCCGUGGUGAUCGCAUCAUCGCCGACUGUUCCGGCCGUUGCGCCACCCGCUACUAACAAGAAAUCUCGAUUCCGACGUCCACGAUAUCGCAAAGCGCAGUCUUCAGUAACCACGGCUUCGCAGAUAGCAUCCGUCUCGUCGCCAACCAGCACCGGGAGUGAAGAGUCGUUUGAGCGCCUUAUCAACAUCAAGAACUGUCCAUUGUGUCAUCGCCCCCGACUUACCUCCAAGGCUGAGCUAGAUAUCAUCACUCACAUCGCUGUAUGCGCAAGUCAGGACUGGAGCACCGUGGAUCGUAUCGUUGUGGGGAAUUUCGUGACAGCAAGUCAAGCACAACGAAAGUGGUAUACCAAGGUCAUCGGGAAGAUUUCUAGCGGCGAUUAUCGUCUUGGUGCAAAUUCGGCUAAUAUCAUCGUUCAAAACCGUCUAACUGGUCAGCUCGAGGAGGAGAAGAUGCAGGUCUAUGUAAGAUUAGGCAUUCGUCUUCUCUACAAGGGAAUGAAGAGUCGCAUGGAAGGCGGUCGAGCACGACGUCUUCUCAAAUCCAUGUCUAUCAAACAAGGCCUCAAAUACGACUCUCCUGUGUCUGCCCGCGACAUCCCUGCUUUCAUUGAAUUCCACCAACUGAACAUCAACGAGAUUCGCGAUCCUUUGUCCUCUUACAAAACAUUCAACCAGUUCUUCUAUCGCAAACUUAAACCAGAUGCGCGGCCUGUUGAAACACCCGACGAUCCGUAUCGGCUAGUCAGUGCUGCAGACUGUCGGUUCAUGGCCUUCGAGUCUGUCACGGAGGCCACGCGACUUUGGAUCAAGGGACGCGAAUUUACAGUGGCUCGACUACUUGGCGACGCAUAUAAGCACGAAGCUGAACGCUACAACAAUGGGGCUCUGGCUAUCUUUAGGCUUGCUCCCCAGGACUACCACAGGUUCCACUCGCCUGUCGAUGGAACGAUUGGGAACAUGACAUAUAUUGCGGGAGAGUAUUAUACCGUGAACCCUCAAGCCAUCCGAACAGCUCUUGAUGUUUACGGCGAGAAUGCACGCAAGAUUGUGCCGAUCGACAGUCCCCAGUUUGGUCGUGUUAUGGCUGUGUGCGUUGGCGCCAUGAUGGUGGGGUCGAUCGAAACUACCGUCAAGGAGGGCGAGGCUGUCAAGCGGGGACAGGAAUUCGGGUACUUUGCCUUUGGUGGCUCGACGAUCGUUGUUCUGUUUGAGAAGGGGGUCUUGGAGUGGGAUGAAGAUCUGCUUGUUAACGGGCGUGCAUCGCUGGAGACCCUUGUGCGGGUUGGAAUGGGCAUCGGACGUGGAUCGAGGAAACUGCGAGGAAGCGCGUAA